UUAAACUGUGACAGGAGAGAGUGAGCGCAGCUCCUUGCUGUGGAUGGGUGGAUUCAUCAAGAGUAACUCACUCAACAGACGCUGGAAGACGUCUCAAACCAAACUCACGGCGGUGACCCUGUGCGCAACUGCGUGGCGAAGUCGAGUGACUUGAGAACACCACCUCAUCUCAUCUCACAUGUCAAACACAAAUGUUCUCGGCGCCUGAAGUCCUCGGGCAGAGACGCCAUCACACGGAGCCAUGGAGAAGUUUGCGUUUGUAUUAGUUUUCCUUCUUGAUGUUCUGGUGCGUUUGGGUACCGGUCAACAACAUUUACGCGCGCGCGUCGGACCGUGGAGAAACCGGAUUCAGUGGGAGAAUAACGGUCAGCUGUACAGUUUGCUCAGCACGGGGACUCAGUACCGAACCCCUGCAGUGAUCAGAAGACGCACUCAGCUUUUGCUAACAGCUGAGAACAGUUUUAACCGAGUUGACCCUCCUGCUGCGUCCAGUCGACCCACCAGAGCCAGAUCUGGAGACCCCCGGGACGUGGUCUGGGUUCACUCUCUACAAAACGACCUCAGUCCAGUGGACGCAUCUGUGGUUGGUGCUGAUGCGGAUCAGUACUUACUCGCUUCGGGACGACCGGGGACAUCCGGUCAGUCGCCAUCGCGAAUGGUCUCCCCCAGGGAGGCCGUUGCUCAGGGGUACCGUUCACACCGGGCUCCGUCAAAUAGCAGCGCUGCCUCCAUCCAGGAGUUCUCUGGCAGCGGAGUCCCGCGAGGUGGCCGGAGCACAGCUGGAGAUGACGCUGGUACGCAACAGGCCGCCGCGUCGCCGAUAAGAUCACCGGUCUUUGCGCACAGCCGAGGCGGCCGGAUAAGGUCUGAGAACUCGGAUUCACCUGCCCGGUCACCUGCCAUAUCUGCACCGGUCAUAGCUGAGGAUAGAGGGGAUGCACGCCGCACUCCUCAGCAGACCAGCGUGGGCGAUGCGCGCAUUGCGCACAGGGCGAGCUCACUGACCAGAAUCACACCGGAGUCCAAUGAUGUUCCCACAGCACCGUCCAGCAACGCGGUAGAUGUUCACUUUCCCCGUCCGAGGUCGGAUCAAACUCGGAUGACAGACACGAGUGACCCACAAGAUCCCCACAGCAUCCAUCAUAGGAACUCGGUUUUCUCCAAUGUUUACCCACCGGACCGCAGGAACAGGGUCACCGCGCGCCCACCACCAGGAACCGGCUAUGGCACCAGAUUCUUCCACAAUGGUCUUCCAGACUUGGUUCCUGACCCUUAUUACAUCCAAGCUGCCUCUUACAUUCAGAGAGUGCAGAUGUAUGCGCUUCGUUGUGCUGCGGAAGAGAACUGUCUAUCAAGGUCUGCAGAUCAUCCGAGUGUGAGCGACCUCGACUACAGAGUCCUGCUGCGGUUCCCACAGCGAGUGAAGAACCAAGGAACAGCAGACUUCCUCCCAGUUAAGCCCAGACACGAGUGGGAAUGGCACAGCUGUCACCAACAUUACCACAGUAUGGAGGCCUUUAGUAACUACGACCUGCUGGACAUCUCCACUGGACAGAAGGUGGCUGAGGGACACAAGGCCAGUUUCUGUCUGGAGGACACGUCGUGUGACCCGGGAAUACGACGGCGCUUCGCCUGCACCGCUCACACACAGGGGCUUGGUCCUGGUUGCUAUGAUACAUAUCACGCAAACAUCGACUGCCAGUGGAUCGACAUCACUGAUGUACCACCAGGAAACUACAUACUCAAGGUGACAGUGAAUCCCUCUCAGCUGGUCCAGGAGUCCGAUUUUUCCAACAACGAGGUUCGCUGCGACAUCCGGUACACGGGCGCCUACGUCCAGGCAAGAAACUGCAGGAUCACUGUCUGACCUAACUGAAGACAACAAUUUUGCCCUGCAGAAAUAUAUAUUUAAUACCUUCUUGUUGCUCUCAAUGUACAGUUGCAGCUCUGUUGUGCAGCUUUUAAAUGUUUACUACCAUCAUAAAGUUGUCUGUUUGUAUUUAUGACUUAAUAUAUUGUAGCUACAGCCAUGCUGGCUAGAUGUUAUUCAUUUUCAUUGUGUAUGUAAGCAUUAAUAGAAUUCAGAACCUCGAGGAAAGCAGCUGAGCGUAAUUCACAAACCUAAAACAAAACAGAAGUCUUAACUUGUUUCAUUUGUACUAUGUGACUGAAUUGGUGCAUAUUCUGAAGGAAACUGUGGUUCUCUUCUCCCCUGAAUAUUAACAGCAUUUUGUCACAUUAGAUAGUUCCUCUGUUAAACGACUUCAUGUGUAUUGUGAACAAUGUAAAAGAGCUAUGACAAUAUAGAAAGCCAUAAAACUGUGUAGAUUAUCUCCCAUUACAGCGUCAGUGAGAUUUUUCGUCUUCGGCCUAAUGAGAUGAUUUUCAAUGGUUGAAAGGUUUUCUGCACUUUUAUCAUAUUUUAUAGUAAAGUGUCUUUUUAAUUUUU